GAGCAGAGCUGACUUGUGCAGCACAAAUAAGCUGCCAACCCAAACGAGAACCCAAUUUUUUGUUAGACCAAAAAUUCAGUAAAUUAAGAGGGGAGAAACAGUUGAAUCCAUGGCAUCCCACCCAGCCGGGCCCAAAACCAGUUGGAUCGUUAAACUUCUAAACUGUCGUCUGGUAUUUGAAUUUCUCUUUAAUCUGUUUUUGGCUAGAAGUGUGAAACCUGUAGCUUCGAUAAAUCGUAAAGCUUUUUGGAUUAUUAUUAUUAUAUUAUUCAGUUCGAAUUGGGGCUGUUGCCAGAAAGUAGAUUUGGUGCAAACAGUUCACUUUUGGGCACCAACUUUUAAAUGGGGCAUUAGCAUAGCCAAUGUAGCCGACUUCUCUAAACCACCUGAAAAACUUUCCUAUCCUCAGCAAAUAGCUGUUACUUGCACUGGAAUUAUCUGGUCUCGCUACAGCACCGUAAUCACUCCGAAAAACUGGAAUCUCUUUAGUGUAAACGUUGUUAUGGCUGGAACAGGCUUAUACCAACUAGCACGAAAAAUACAACAUGAUUACUCUUCCGAGUCAGAGGCAGAGCCAGCUAUUGUAAAGAAUAAUGAUGAAAUCUUCCAAACUCCUUUGUUUUCUGGGGCAAUAUCAGUCAUCUCCCCUUUUUUUUUUUUUGCAGCUAAUUAAAGUUCACUUGCCUCUAUGGCCUUGUAUUCAAGCAUGCUCUGUUGUGGAAAUUUGUAGCUUGAUGAUGAUUGUCAUUCUGAUUGUAGAGGCAUCAAUAGAUACUGAGCAACAGAACCGCUAAAAAUUCUGAUUAGCGUAAUAAUGCCUUUUAAAAAGUUAAAAUGCUUUUCUUCCUUCAGUUCUCUCGUACAGUC